UAUCUACAUAUCCCUCAACAAACUCUCUUCACACUGUACCUCAUCAACCACAAGUACUCAUCAUCAUCAUCAUCAUCAUCAUCAUCAUCUCCUAUAAAAUUAACUCUCUGUUACUGAACUCCUCGACCUUAAAUUUUCAUGGCGUAGGAAUCCAUCGUGAUGGACAAGAGAAUAAGCAGCAGCCAGGAGGCGGAGGUGCGGAAGGGCCCAUGGACCAUGGAGGAAGACCUCAUCCUCAUCAACUACAUCUCCAACCACGGCGAGGGUGUCUGGAACAACAUCGCUCGCUCUGCCGGGUUGAAGAGGACAGGGAAGAGCUGCAGGCUGAGGUGGCUGAACUACCUCCGCCCGGACGUGCGGCGGGGGAACAUCACGCCGGAGGAGCAGCAGCUGAUCAUGGAGCUCCACGCCCGGUGGGGGAACAGGUGGUCAAAAAUCGCGAGGCAGCUGCCGGGACGGACGGACAAUGAGAUAAAGAACUUCUGGCGGACUCGAGUGCAAAAGAAGCUCAAACAAUGUGAGUCCUUUGUAAGCCUCAAGAACAACCCGGUGAUUAUUGACGACGCUAGCACUAGCGCGCUUCAAGUUGACACCGCCGGUAACGUCAGUAGUGGAGUUCAUCAGGUUUGCGACGACAACAUCAUCGGCGGUGAUCACCACCACGCCGACGACAUGGUUUCCGAAGGCUUCUCCACGGAGUCUAGCGACAACUUUUGGUCCUUGGAGGAUUUCUGGACAAUGAAAACUUUGAGUUUUUAUAAUGAGUUCGAUAAUUCUGUCCAUGUUAUUCACGAGAUUAAUCGAAUCGUGAAUAACCAUUGGAGAGAGGACUCGAUGAGUUAUACUAGCACUCCAGCACCGACUAGAGAGUUAUGGUGGAGUGAAUUUAGGGAGGAAUAUAAUGAACUAGAGGCAGCACAGAGAUGUUCUGGUUAUGCUAGUGCAAAUAUGGAGGGGUCUGAGCCAUCUAUUGGUACUGAUUUAAAUUUAUGGCUACAGUUGAAGGAGAUUUUAAAUGAAAGGGAUGAAGAAAUGAGACAAAUGCACCUAAAUCAGGAAUUGAUUUUGCUACAUUUUCAAUUAAUUUCUACUCCAAGUCAGAAUCCUCCCAGUGAUGGUGAUCAUGAUGAUGGCGAUGGUGGCAAAUCUUAG